AAACCCAGAUUGAAGAAUAUUUCUCAAACUAGAAACCCAAGAAUCUCAAGUCUCUGCAAUGAAGAGACUUUGAAAUGUCAAAUCCACUUUUUACAUGUUAUCCUUUCUUUCUACUUUAUUUUGCCCAGAUCCUAAAUAAUGUAAUCUGUUUCGCACUUUUUGAAAACUCGAAUGUUAACAUAUUAUACCUGUUCUAGUCAUGUUGCCUCUAUACUAUCUUGUUUAUUGUAAGAUAUUAAAUUAUACAUACUCAAAUAAAUAAAUUUACACCCUUCUCAAUAUUAUGCAUUGUUUCAGAUGGAAAAUGUUUACACGAGUGUUGGAUGUAAUCGAACAUAUAACUGCUUAGCCUGGACCAGGACGGGUUUGGUUUAUUUCGGAGGCAAUUCAGCAGUUGUUGUUUAUUCUCCUUCACAGGAGAAAAUACUUCAUACUUUGGUUCAACAUUCACAGAGAGUCAACUGUGUGAGGGUUUCGGAGAAGGAUGACCAAACCCAUCUUAUCUCCGGGUCCUCCGAUGGUAGUGUUUGUAUCUGGAAAAUCCAGGACGGAGAUCAUUUUCUCAUCUCACGGUUUCAAGCUCACUCCGGGUCUGUCACCUGUCUCUCCGUCCUGAAUCUGGGAAAUGAAUUGAUCCUUGCAACUACAGGGAACGAUUGCAAGGUUCAGAUCUGGAGAAUAGAUUUGAAAACGACGGAGAUUAACCCCAACAAUUUCUUUACAUUAGAUCUAAAGACGAGUUUGGUGUUUGCGCUGCAUCUUGUAUCCUGGCCUUUAGAUAACAUAUCUCUGUUCUAUUCCGGAGAAGAUUGUAAAAUCAAUCUGGUUCGGAUUGGGUUAGACCAGGGAGAUGAAUGGAGUGUUCUGGAGAGGCUACGAGGACACGAGGACUGGGUGACCUCCCUGGAUACAGUUAAGGUCGAGGAUUAUUUUCUCCUGGCCUCUGCAAGCCAGGAUUCUACGAUCCGGCUCUGGAGGCUGGAACCAGCUCGUGAAGCUAGGACGGAGGAUGUUCUAGAGGUCAAGGACGUUAUUGUUGAGUAUCCAGGUGGUCAUCUUUACUCUGUCCAGCUGGAGAGUGUACUAAGUGGGCAUGAGGAUAAGGUUUUCUCUGUUGAGUGGAGUUUCUCUCCAAACCUGUCCCUGCUCUCAGUUAGCCUGGAUAAGACCAUGUUAAUAUGGAGGGAGGAGGAGGGAGUAUGGAUGGAUCAAGCCAGGGUUGGAGAAAUAGGAGGUAAUACUCUAGGUAUGCUUGGAGCAACGUGGGGGCCGGACGGACAGAUUCUCGGAUACUCGUUCAACGGAGCUUUUCAUUACUGGGAACCUGUGGAUCAGGGUUGGGUCCCAGGGAUUGUUAUCGGAGGCCAUCAAGGAACAGUCUCCGACCUAGCCUGGGAUAGAUCAGGAGGAUACUUACUAAGUACCGGGACGGAUCAAACUACGCGUUGUCACGCUCAAUGUAGCUCCGGAGCUUGGCACGAGGUUGCCAGACCUCAGGUUCAUGGUUAUGACAUGAGCUGUAUCGCAACCCUUCCCAACUUCACCUUUGUUUCCGGAGCUGAGGAGAAGGUUCUCAGAGCGUUCCAAGCUCCUCAAAACUUUCUGGAUAACUUUAUCCGUCUCACUGGACAAUCCGUCCCGGGUGUGGAUAGAGAGAAACUAGCUCAGGGAGCAAGUUUACCAACCCUCGGCCUCUCAAACAAAGCAGUGUUCGAGGGAGAGAAAAGUAUCCCGGAGGAGGAACGUCAUGUAAAAGAUCAGUUCCCGGAUUACUAUUUUACUCCUCAGCUCCUAGAUAAACCUCCCCCGGAAGAGUUUCUGGUUCAGAACACCCUCUGGCCGGAGAUUCAUAAGAUGUACGGGCAUGGAUACGAAUUAUACUCGGUUGCAACUAACCAGAACGGAAGUAUGGUUGCAAGUGCUUGUAAGUCAGCCCAACCCCAGGAAGCUGCAAUUAUAAUAUGGAAUACCAAAACUUGGAAGCAGAUUGGACGGAUAGAAGCUCAUAGUUUAACUGUUACACAGUUACAAUUUAAUCCAACCUCGUCCCUCCUCCUCUCCGUGUCAAGGGAUAGAACCUGGAGUUUACACAAACUAAACCUUGUCCAGGAUGAAUUAUCUAUAGAACGGGUUGCAAACUCGGACAAGAAAACAAACCCGCAUAAAAGAUUGAUCUGGACUUGUUCUUGGAGUUACGAUGGAAAAUAUUUCUUCACCGGGAGCCGAGAUAAACUUGUGGUUUGUUGGGGUUCUCCGGGUUGGGAGAGAGCAGGGGAACCUGUAAACCUCCCGGAGAGUGUAACAGCACUAGCUUCUCCGUCCUUGGAAACAAAUCCUUAUAAACUAGCAAUAGGACUAGAGAACGGAACUAUUCAUUUGUAUACCUGGAGAGACGAGUUCCAGCUUCUCCAGGUUUUAAAUCAAGAGUCAGCUCAUCAUAUGACAGUCACGCGUCUUGCGUUCUCUCCCAUUGACUCCGACCUACUCGCUAGCUCUAGUGAGGAUCACGCGGUUAAAAUUUACAAAACAAGAAAAUCUUGAUGAUUGUUUUCUUCAUUUAUCUGUGAUUAUUUCAGA